CCAUCUCCGCGUCGCCCAUUUUCCCUUCUUUGUGUCUGUUCACACACAAAACCUAUACAUACACACACUCAACCUAUGCACACACACGCCAAAAUUCAAUUCAAUUCAAUUCUCUCCCUCUCUCCACAUUCAGUUUCAUGAUUUUGAACUGAAAUAAUGGCCACCACAACCAUCCCCAUUUUACUCUCACUUUUCCUCUUAAUUCUAGGCCCGGCCCGGGCCCAAACCAGAAACCCGAGCGCUCCACCUCCUCCGCCAUCGGACGCCUGCAACGGAGUGUUCCUGAGCUACUCCUACUCCACGGGCAAAAUCGUCCCCCCAAUUCUGAAGUCGGAUCCGGAUCGCCAGGGCUACCGCUUCGAAUCCACGCUCACCGUCCUCAACAACGACUUGGAGGAGCUCAAAUCGUGGCAGGUCUGGGUCGGAUUCCAGCACGACGAGUACCUCGUUUCGGCCUCGAAUGCCGUGCUGGCUGAUGGGAAUUCGUUUCCCGGCAGCGUCGGAAACGGCUCGGUUUUUUCGGGGUAUCCCAAUCCGGAUCUCAAGACGGGCGUGGAGACGGCGGGCGACUUGACCCAGAUGAGCGUUCAGGUUCAGCUCGUUGGGACCCAGUUUGGGGUGGCGCCGCCUGAUGCGCCCAUGCCGGCGAAUAUCUCGCUCGUGAAUGAGGGUUGGAUUUGCCCUAAGCCCUCUUUGCAAGGAAACAGCACAAUGGAGGUAUGUUGCACUAGAGACCCCAAGUUCAAGGCCAACGAGACCUUGGACGAGGAGUUUCUCCCUCGGAGGAGUGGCGACCUGACCAUAAUGUACGAUGUUUCACGGACCUACGAGUCUAACUACUGGGCGCAGGUCACCAUCGAGAACCACAACCCUCUAGGCCGGCUGGACAACUGGCAGCUGAGCUGGGACUGGAUGGAGGACGAGUUCAUCUUCGCCAUGAAGGGCGCUUACCCCUCCGUGGUCGACACCUCUGACUGCGUCUUUGGCAAGCAGGGCCAGUACUACCAGUCCCUCGACUUCUCCAAUGCGCUGAAUUGUGAGCGCAGGCCGACCCUGAUCGACCUGCCCUUAGCCAAGACCAACGACACGGCCCUAGGAAUGGUCCCGUUCUGCUGCAGGAACGGGACGAUUCUCCCACCUGAGAUGGAUCCCAGCAAGUCGAAAUCUGCGUUCCAGAUCAACGUGUUCAAGAUGCCCCCAAAUCUCAACCGGUCGCGCCUCACCCCGCCUCAGAACUGGGGGAUCAAGGGCCGGCUCAACCCGGACUACAAAUGUGGGGCCCCCGUGCGCGUAAGCCCUAGCCAGUUCCCAGACCCAGCUGCCCUACUUCCCGGGACAGCUGCGGUCGCGAGCUGGCAGGUCGUCUGCAACAUAACCCAGCCGAAGGGCGCGAGCCCUCGCUGCUGCGUGUCGUUCUCUGCCUACUACAACGAGUCCAUCAUCCCGUGCCCGACCUGCGCGUGCGGCUGCAGCGGCGGCGCUGCUCCGGCAUGCAGCAAUACGGCGCCGGCCCUCUUCCUCCCCUCGCAGGCCCUCCUCGUCCCGUUUGAAAACCGGACGCUUCUAGCUAAGGCGUGGGCGAACAUCCACCAUUUCCCGGUCCCAAACCCUCUCCCCUGUGGAGACGGCUGUGGCGUGAGCCUCAACUGGCACUUGUUCACGGAUUACCGAGGCGGAUGGUCAGCAAGGAUCACCAUCUUCAACUGGGACGACUUCCCGUUCGUCGACUGGUUUGCCGCAGUCGAGCUGAACAAGGGCGCGCCCGGAUUUGAAGCUGUCUACUCCUUCAACGGGACAGCGCUUGAUCUCGACGGAGAUGGGGUGAACAACACCAUUUUCAUGCAGGGGCUCGAAGGGCUCAACUAUCUCGUUGGAGAGAGCGACGCUGCCAACCCGAAAAAGGACCCGAGGAUUCCCGGGAAGCAGCAAUCAGUCAUCUCCUUCACGAAGAAGCUCACACCGGGGAUCAACGUUCCCGCAGGGGAUGGUUUCCCGUCGAAGGUUUACUUCAACGGGGAGGAGUGCGCGCUGCCUAAAGUGCUCCCGACAAGCGAUGCUGCUAGGUCUGGCUCGUCGGGAGUGUUGAUGUCGGUGAUGGUGGCGCUCGCUGUCUUCGUUUCAUUGCGAAGAUAAGGAGGGUGGAUGCUUAUUCGUUCAUUCUUUUUUGGUUGUUAUUUUUGGAUCAGAUCAUAGUUCCUCUUCCUUGAAGGAAUUAUGGAUGUGAGGUGUUUUUUUGUACCUACAGUCUUAACAUUGGCAUUGUAACAUACACACAUUUGUUAGUUUUCAAAUACUGUCUCAUAUACAUCUAUGUUUGAGCAAA